AUGGGAAAGUACUUUCGGCACGAGAAGGCAACGGCUGAUGAGACCGUGGAAAUGAAACCGGAACCACUCGAAGCUCGCACUCCCCUCCCCGUGAACAGUCUAGAUGCGUGUCUGGCCGGUGGCACUCUCACCGUGUCCACUCCGACCGAACUGGCCUCUCUCGCAUUCAACCAACUCCCUCCGCUACUCCCAUUCAUGUCGCAUUCCUCCUCACUGGGCAGCUCCGGUCCCACCAUGGUCAGUAGUAGUCCGAUCGUGAAGUUGGGCGGUGUUCGCGGUUCCGGCACAACCACAACAACCACCGUCACAUUAGACGGGACCGGGGCAACCGAAUUGGCCAGCUCUUCCUCGUCCAAAUCCACCCCCGGUGGGAGUGGACCUUAUCGAUGCAGAGAUUGUGAUAAAGAGUUCCGUAUUCUACGCUAUUUGGAAAAGCAUCGACGUAUUCACACGGGGGAGAAACCGUAUCAAUGCUGCUAUUGUGGUCGCCAAUUCAACGACUGGCCCAACAUGAAUCGGCACAAACGCAUUCACACGGGUGAGUUCGGCGUGACACUCUUUGACGAAUGA